CCGCUCACUCUUUGUCUCACUCUGUUUCUCAAAAAUAAAUUUAAAAUGUAAAAAAAAAAAAAAAAUUUAUAAAUGAACAGACUUGACUUUCUUCUGGCCGGUUAUGUUCUGAGAUCUUGUCACUGAACCUGGUCUUUAAUCUCAGAAGUUGAAGGUUCCCAUAGAACCAGCUGCAAAGUUCCCAGGACACUAACAACACUAUGGCCAGUUAACUGGAGUAGGCUGCUGUGAAUUGGCCUCCCAUAACAGGUCCAGGGCUUGGAGCAGGAGCAGAAAAAGAAGGAUGGAAGCUGACCAAUGCAGAUUCCUGUUUCUAUUAUUUCUUUUCAUGUGCCAACUAUCUCCAGAAGUUGCUGCAGACGUUCAGGAAUCCUCAGAUGAUCCUGGUGCUUCCCAGGAAACUGUGCAGCUCACAGAUGUCCCAGCUACCAUGGAAUUCAUUGCUGCUGCUGAGGUGGCUGUCAUAGGUUUCUUCCAGGAUUUAGAAAUCCCAGCAGUGUCCCUAUUCCACAGUAUGGUGCAAAAAUUCCAAGCCGUGUCAUUUGGAAUCAGCACGCAUUCUGAGGUUCUGGCCCACUACAACAUCACUGGGAACACCAUUUCCCUCUUUCGCCUGGUGGAUAACGAACAAUUGGAUUUAGAGAGCAAAGACAUUGAAAGCAUUGAUGCCACCAAAUUAAGCCGCUUCAUUGAGAUCAACAGCCUCCACUUGGUGACAGAGUACAACCCUGCGACUGCGAUUGGCCUAUUUAAUAGCAUGAUUCAGAUUCAUCUUCUACUGAUGAUGAACAAGGCCUCCCCAGAGUAUGAGGAAAGCAUGCACAGAUACCAAAAUGCUGCCAAGCUCUUCCAGGGGAAGAUUCUUUUUAUUCUGGUGGACAGUGGUGUGAAGGCCAAUGGGAAGGUGAUCUCAUUUUUCAAACUAAAGGAGUCUCAACUGCCCGCUUUGGCAAUUUACCGGACUCUAGAUGAGGAGUGGGAUACACUACCCAGAGCGGAAGUUUCAGUGGAGAAUGUGCAGAACUUUUGUGAUGGAUUCCUAGGAGGGAAACGGCUGAGAGAAAAUCAUGAAUCAGAAGAAAAGACUCCAAAGGUGGAACUCUGAGCUCUCCCUGAUACUCCCGCAUACUACUAAGAAUUUACACGAUAUAACAAAAGGGCAACUCAAACUUCGAGAUGCUAACCAACAGGAUGAACAGGCCUUAAACACACACACACACACACACACACACACACACACACCCCUCCAUUUUGUUCCUUAAAAUCUCAUUUACUCUCCUUAUCCUUUCUUUUAAAUUGUCUACACUCUCUCACUACCCAUCCGAUCUUCUUCUACACAUUCGUACUGUGUAGUCCCAUACACGGCAACACACAUCACUGAAUGGAGCCUUUAAGAGAAAUAUUGUGAUAUUUCUUUGAAGGAGAGGCAUUCCUGGAGGGAGGAUAUUCUGAUUUGUCAUUUAAUAUUGAAUCUUUACACUGCACAGGACGUACAUGCAACAUAGUUUCUGCUCUUUAGUGGUUGUUUAAGGGUUGAAACUCUACCUUCCUCAUGAGCACAUGUCCCUCUCUAACUCCCAGCCGAGAACAAAAGGAAGGUUUAAACACCUUUGCAGAACUGCAUUUUUGCCGGGGUGAACCGGUGUUUCCAAGUCUCUAAACUCAGCAGAAACAGACUAUGUAAAAACUCUAUGCUUGUGUAGCGUUCCUAACUCCCCAUGUAAAUCAACAACCGCAUAAUAAAUAAAAAGCAAUAAUGUUAUAGGAAAA